CAGUUACAACGGCUAGUUUGUAACAUAAUAUCGAUUGCCGUGGCGCAAGUGACCACCGAAUACGAUUUCCUUUUCGAAUUUCGAAUUAGCGCCAAAUAUUCCGGUUAAUGUUUUGUUAGUGUUUUUAGUUUUAAGCGAUCGGGGAACAUUAUGAAGUGCUUUACCUUGGGUUUAUUUGUAGUAGUAUUCGGCGGUAUAUUGCAACAAGUUCAUCCGACCUGUGUUUUGGAAUCGGAUUUUGGAUUCACACUGAACUGUGCUUUUAAGAAAAGUGGACUAUUUCGAGUUAGAAAUCUUGGUGGUGUGAAAGCUCAUAUCGGGCUGGGGUUCAGUCUUGGGGAUGAGUUGGGCUUUAAAGAAUCUCUUUCUAAUACGGAUCAACUGAACAGAAGAAGAUCUGCAGACAUCUCUAAAAUGCAGGCGCAGUUAAUCCAAGCCACGCAGAACCAGCUGGAACAGAAGAAAGCCAAAUUUGUUGAUCCCGAAAAAGUAUCUUCAAGCAGAUCAUCAUCAGACAGCAAGAGAGCACUUCAAAUAAUAUCUCCAGUAGCAUCUGGAACAGUACGCCAUCCAAGUGAUUCCGGACCUGCUGAUAUUCCUCCGUUUAAACCUAUACCACCAGCCGCUGAAAGACCAUCUAUGACUAAGACUCCAUCCCUCCAACCUCAAUCUUUGGGUAAUUCUAAACAUUCUUCAGUAGAUCCUUCUAUAGCGAAAGUUAUGGCUGUGGUAGCUGUUCCUAAAAAACAAAUAUCUCAAGUAGAUAAAUCUAGUAGUGGUUUUAGUAACAGAUUACUUACUGUCGAUGAUAAAGAUGUAGAUGCUCCUGUUAAUCAACCUUCUUCUAACUCCCUACAAUAUCUUCUUUCUGCGAAUAAUCUUACAGAAGAAGCGCUUGAAAUGGCCCUUCUUCAAAGGCAAAAUAUGCUUAAUAAAUUAAAAGCUAAAACUACAACAACUACUUCAACUACCACCAGAAGGCCAGUGACUUCAAAAUAUGCAAAUCCAAACAGUAUUGGGAAAGUAAUGAAUGCCCCAAAAGAAUACUAUCCAGUGGGUUAUGAUAAAAAUUUUGACGACAAUUUUGCAGCAAGGGUCGAGUUACCAGAAACUUCUUUUUAUUGCGAACAUCAAAAACAUUUUCCCGGAUUAUAUGCAGAUGAAGAUCUUGGAUGUAUGGUAUUCCAUGUAUGUGCAUUAACAGACGAUGGCUUAAUUAUGAAGAGCUUCUUAUGUCCUGAAUCGACCCUCUACGACCAAGCAAUACUAAAGUGCAAUUGGUGGUUUUAUGUGGACUGUAAAAAUUCUAAAAAACUGUACGACUCCAACAUCCCGAUAUCGAAAAGUUAUCAACUAAUGAAGGCAUUAACAUUUUUCUCUGCAUAUAAAAAGGAACCAAAUUCAACAAAUUCCAAAAAUAACUCAUAAAAGACUGAUAAUUUGUUUGAUUUGGAACCAUAAGAAGAGGUCAUUAUUACUGGCCUUUAUAGAAUUAUUUUUUAAGCCCAUUUUUUGUUCGUUGGCAAAAGAUUUAUUUAAUAUAAGGAUCCUACGCGCUAGAGACCGAGUCACGAAAUAAUCAUGAUAGGCAACUUGCUAGCAAUCGCUACAGUAGCCCAUUUAAGUUAUCAUCAUGCUUCUCGGCCAAUAAAAAAAUUAACAUUCCGGGAAGAUUAUCUGAAUUCUUGUUUGGUAUUUUUUUCUAAAUAUGUGUUUAACCACCACAUACUCCUGUUAAAGCUGGUGGGUGUGGCUUGUUCGCGCGACUUUGUCACUAGUACGUGGCGAUCCUAAAAUAAUUGCAGAUUAAAAUUUGGAUCUGCAAUAUUUUUAAAAAAUAUAUCGCGUCUUUCAUGUUUUUAAAAAACUUUGAUAGUUCUUACUGCUUAAAGCUCAAUAUUAUAAAAUACAGUUUGUAUUGAUCUUAGGUGAAAAUUAGUUUAAGAUAAAACAUUUAUUAUUUGAGGUUGCUGCGUGUGUGAAUAGUUAUAGUAUUAGAGUAGUAUCAAAAUCUGAAUUGUUCAUUGCUCAUUAACCUUCACCUAGAAGCAAACAAAAGGAAGAUCAUCAUUGAAGAUUAUAUGUGCUCUUACAAACAGAUGAAAUUAAUUAAUCAUCAAAAGUUGUAGUAUUGCUCGUAGUGUAACUACAAAAUUAGUGGAUAUAGUUCAUAGCUUACUUUUAUUCUAAUCGUAUAUGUGUAAAUGCACUUAGGUGAGGUAGACUUUUAUACAAAUGCCUAAAGGCCGAUUAAGCUACAUUUUAAAUAAAUUAGCGUAUGACCGGUAUUAAAUCCAAACAACUCAAUUGUGUUAUGUGCAAACCAGCACAUAAGUCAAAUUUGAUUAGAAAAACUAGCUAGAAUAAACUAGAUUUGUUAUAGCCAAUUAAGUCAAUACGUUGAUUUCCGCAUCCAAGAUCUGAUAUGGCCAGACCUAUAUACGUCAAGCUGUCAUUUCUCUCGUGAACUGACUUAAAAUGUAACCUAAAUGUUAUGUUUUAUAUCUACAAAAUAAAUCUUCUUUAGCUACCAGUAUAAUUUACGAAACGUAUGAUUUAACUUAUGAAGCAAGACGUAAUUUUAUCUAUGAGCAAAUUAACCUGUACACUUAGGCUUCUGUUUAGUUAGAAUAUUUGAAAACCUCUAGCUAAAGUUAGUAUGUAUAAGAAAUGUUAAGCCUACAUUGCCUCUUUAUUAAAUUACAUUUUAUAGUAUAGAUUAGUUAAAUUUUGUGUCAUCGCUAUAUUUAAGUCUGAUUCAUUUAUCAUACUUCUGUUUUCUAGUCAUAGUGGUGGGUAGGUAAAUGCACACAAUCCCCAAAGGACUUUUAUUUAUUUUUGUUACAUACAGCUAAGAAAACAAUGGAAAAUAAAUUUAGUAAUUUGUUAA